AUAACGCCAUGCUUGGUGGCGCACGCGGCAGCUCAGCAGGAGAGUUCGGGUUCAUGUUCAUGUUCAUGUUCGGACAGCUGUUGGAGGUUUAGAUUAACAUUAAAGGAAUCAUGGUGAACCAGAGAUCUGAUGCGACCUGGCAGUCCUGUAAGAGCGACUCCAGCGGCACCAGCAACAGCGGCGAGAGCUCGAAAGAGAGUUCCAGAUGUUCCACACCGGUGCUGGACGCCGACCGCACCGACCGCCUGCGGGACAAGAUGAGGCGCAGGAUCGAGUCCGGUGACCGCUGGUUCUCGCUGGAGUUCUUCCCUCCUCGCACCUCAUCUGGAGCUGUCAAUCUCAUCUCCAGAUUUGACCGGAUGGGUUCCGGUGGUCCUCUCUUCAUUGACAUCACCUGGCAUCCGGCUGGAGAUCCGGGCUCGGAUAAAGAAACUUCUUCCAUGAUGAUAGCGAGCACAGCGGUGAAUUACUGCGGCCUGGAGAGCGUCCUGCAUCUGACCUGCUGUAACCAGACCAAAGACAAGAUCACCGGCCAUCUGGACAAAGCCAAGCGUCUGGGCUUAAAGAACAUCAUGGCUCUCAGAGGAGAUCCCGUUGGAGCAGACUGGGUGGAGGAGGACGGAGGUUUCAGUUACGCUACAGAUCUGGUCAAACACAUUCGCUGUGAAUUUGAUGAUUACUUUGAUAUCUGCGUCGCAGGUUAUCCCACGGGUCAUCCGGAGGCAGAGAGCUAUGAAGUGGACCUCAGACAUCUGAAGGAGAAAGUGGACGCUGGUGCUCACUUCAUCGUCACUCAACUCUUCUUCAGAGCGGAAACCUUCCUCAAGUUCGUCAAAGACUGUCGGGCCAUUGGCAUCACCUGCCCUAUACUCCCGGGAAUCUUCCCUAUCCAGGGUUAUCACUCACUGCGUCAGCUGGUCAAACUGUCUAAACUGGAAGUGCCGGAGGAAAUGACGCAGGUGAUGGAGCCCAUCAAAGAUAAUGACGCUGCCAUCCGCAGUUACGGCAUCCAUCAGGCGGUGGAGAUGUGUAAGAUUCUGCUGGCCAGCGGCGAGGUGCCUGGACUUCACUUCUACACGCUCAACAGAGAGGUGGCCACUGUAGAAGUUCUCCGACAGUUGGGCUUAUGGGCUGAAGAUCCACGGCGUCCUCUCCCGUGGGCCAUCAGCGCUCAUCCCAAGCGUAAGGUGGAAGACGUCAGGCCCAUCUUCUGGGCUUCCCGACCCAAGAGUUACAUCUAUAGAACACAGGACUGGGACGAUUUCCCCAACGGAAGAUGGGGGAACUCUGCCUCACCAGCGUUUGGAGAGCUGACAGACUAUUAUCUGUUCUACCUGAAGAGUAAAUCUCCUAAAGAAGCUCUGCUGCAGAUGUGGGGCGAGGAACUAACCAGUGAGGAGAGCGUGUAUGAAGUCUUCACCAACUACAUCAGCGGCCAGGCCAACCGCAGCGGACACAAGGUGAUGUGUUUGCCGUGGAAUGAUGAUCCUCUGGCUCCAGAGACCAAUCUGCUGAAGGAUGAGCUGGAGAAGGUGAACCGCAGAGGAGUUCUCACCAUUAACUCUCAACCCAACAUCAACGGCAAAGCCUCCUCUGAUCCCAUCGCGGGCUGGGGUCCGGCGGGGGGAUACGUCUUUCAGAAGGCGUACAUGGAGUUCUUCACGUCGAGUGAAAAUGUUACGGCUCUUCUGCAAGUUCUGAAGAAGUACGAGCCCCGUGUGAACUAUCAUAUAGUGAACGUGCAGGGCAGGAAUAUCACAAACGCUCCGGACAUGCAGCCCAGCGCUGUGACGUGGGGGAUAUUCCCGGGUCGUGAGAUCAUCCAGCCCACCGUGGUGGAUCCCGUCAGCUUCAUGUCCUGGAAGGACGAGGCCUUCGCGCUGUGGAUCGAACAGUGGGCGAAGCUGUACGAGGACGAAUCGCCCUCACGCAUGAUCAUUCAGUACAUCCAUGACAACUACUUCCUGGUGAAUCUGGUGGAUAAUGAUUUCCCACUGGACAGCUGUCUGUGGCAGGUGAUUGAAGACAUGUUCCAGCUGCUGGACGCCCCUCCGGCCCCUCACGACGGCCCACUGUAACCUCACACAACACACAGGACACUCUCUCAGGUUUCACUUCAACAUACAAGUGAAAAUAUGUUCAGAUCACAACAAUACGAGACUCCUGCCACAGGAAAAGCAUUUGCCUUUGUCUUUCGAGGGACGAUGGAAUCGUAGACUUUUAAACCAGUUUUAAGGUAUUUAUAAAGGAUAUUUUAAGCACUACAUAUAGUAUGACAGAUACAUGAGUCUCGGUCUUGGUGUAUGUACAGGGAAAAAGUGUAUACGUCAUAUUUUGUGUAAGUAUAUUUUUGCACAUAAUGUCAAAUUCAAAUCAGAAUGAAUUGAGUACAAUAAAUAUUACUGUAUGAUGCCACUUAAUGAUCGGCCUAUUAACUAGUAUUUAUGUUUUGAAUGACAGUAACGGGAACGGCCAGUGAGAUUUCUGCGUCCUUGUUUUGAGUUUCAUCACAGAUCAGAAUGUAGUGAAUGAACGAUGUGAAGGGUUUUCUUUGCUCGUGUUUAUUUCCAGUCACAGAGUAUUUGUGUAUAAAACUCAAUAAACAACACUCCCGUCCCAUGUGUAUUAACAUGA